AACAUUCACAUGCUGAGUCCCAUCGAGACACCAGUACUGCUUUCUGUAAACCUACUUCUAAUUGGGAACAUUAUUUUCAACAGCAACUCACGACGAACACUACCAAGCAAAAUACAAUCAUUACUACUGCUUCGCAUGAAGCGAUGACUGAACAAAAGACUAUCGCAAAUGAAGGUUGUGCGAAAAAAUUGAACAAAAAACAUAACAGAACAACAUCAUCAGCAGCUAUGGAUGCGCUUGUCAUUGCUAGUCUGAAAUCUGCAGCAAUGCCUACAAGAACAAUCACAGAAAUGUCUGAUGAUAUGCCACCAUUGAUCUUGAGCCUACGUAGUCAUGAUACAAAUGCUAUAAUGACCAAGAACAUUGCAGAAAUGAUUCGUUUCUACAUACCGCAAAGGUACAAGAUAUUUAGCACAUGGAAAUUGCUAUAUAGUCUCGAACAGCAUGGAACAAGUUUAGGAACUUUAUUUUCAUGCAUGAAGGGUUAUGAAGGCCCAUGUGUGAUGAUUAUAAAAGACAUAGAUGAACAGCUGUUUGGCGCUUAUUUAAGCGAUCCUUUUAUACCCACAUCGCACUAUUAUGGUACAGGUGAAUGCUUUUUAUGGAAUACAAACUCCAAGGGUGAUGCUGAGAAAGAAUCAGUGCAUGAGAUUAAAUGCUUCAAGUGGACCGGGAAAAAUGAUUACAUGAUGUUGUCAAACCUCAAUUUUAUCGCUUUGGGCGGAGGUAAGGGCAUUUUUGGCCUAUGGUUAAAUUCAAGCCUGGACCAAGGUUAUAGCGACAGUUGCCCUACGUUUGAUAAUGAAUGCUUGACUUUAGAACCGAACUUUAGAUGCGUUGGACUGGAAAUAUGGGGCUUGGAAAUGUGAAAUCAAUUGGCAAUCUGCAAGUAACCUAUUGAUAUGUUUCUCCAUUGAUAGUUGCACUAUCAAAUGACUUGAACUGGUUGAUUGGUUUUACAAUGCUAGGUUGUCCUAAGCUAAACAAUCAUUUGACGAUAAUGAAAUCUACACAAUAUAAUGAUAACUAGGGUUUUUUUUUUUUCUUUUUGACUUAUGGGCUUAAGUACUGCUGAAGUAGGAAGUUUUGCGAUAAAGCGCCAGAA